AAGCAUUGGAUCAACGUUCAGAAGAUUUCCAGUUCGCACUCUGUCCCUCCACGAACUGGCUGUGUGAUCCCAGAGCGCACCUCCUGCUGGCGGGACCUUGGCCACAGGCCGCCCAGUGACCUCUGGUGAAGAUGAGUGGCUGCGGGAGGAAGGCCCUGACCCUGCUGAGCAGCGUCUUUGCUGUCUGUGGCCUGGGUCUCCUGGGCAUUGCGGUCAGCACUGACUACUGGCUGUACCUGGAGGAGGGCGUGGUCCUGCCCCAGAACCAGAGCAUGGAGAUCAAGAUGUCCCUGCACUCCGGCCUGUGGCGUGUCUGCUUCCUCGCAGGUGAGGAGCGGGGCCGCUGCUUCACCAUAGAGUAUGUGAUGCCCAUGAACACCCAGCUGACAUCAGAGUCCACCGUCAAUGUUUUAAAAAUGAUUCGUUCGGCCACACCAUUCCCUCUGGUCAGCCUCUUCUUCAUGUUCAUUGGGUUUAUCCUGAGCAACAUCGGACACAUCCGUCCCCAUAGGACUAUACUGGCCUUUGUCUCCGGCAUCUUUUUUAUUCUCUCAGGCCUCUCUCUGGUGGUGGGCCUGGUGCUCUACAUCUCCAGCAUCAACGAUGAGAUGCUCAACAGGACCAGGGACACGGAGACCUAUUUCAACUACAAGUAUGGGUGGUCGUUUGCCUUCGCUGCCAUCUCCUUCCUGUUGACAGAGAGCGCUGGGGUGAUGUCCGUGUACCUGUUCAUGAAGAGGUACACCGCCGAGGACAUGUACAGGCCUCACCCCGGCUUCUACCGUCCCCGUCUGAGCAACUGCUCCGAUUACUCAGGCCAGUUCCUGCACCCGGACGCCUGGGUCCGGGGCCGCAGCCCGUCUGACAUCUCCAGUGACGCCUCCCUGCAGAUGAACAGCAACUACCCAGCCUUGCUCAAGUGCCCCGACUAUGACCAGAUGUCAUCCUCCCCCUGCUGAGCCUCACCACCUUCCUCCCUGGACUGUGGACAACCAGACGGCCCUUCCCAUGCUCCCCUGAUGGUCUGUGAGCCCCAGGCCCUUGGUUGACAGGCCCAGGCUGUCCCCACCACGCUUCGCUCUUGUCCCUUGUCCCUUGUCCCUUGACCCGUGUCGUCUCCAAGCUUCCCCAAGAGCGGCUCUGGCUGCCCCCAGCGUGGGGUCAGGAGUCUGGAGCCAGCGGACAAGCUGAUCGGCUGAGGGUGUGGGCGCGGCCCCGCCUCUCGGGUGCCAGUCACUCCUGCGGUUCUCCCCUUCCUUGGGAGACGUGGCUGUUCCAGCUGUGUUAUCUGUCCCCACACACCUUCCUCCGUGGCCCCAGGCCGAGACGAGCUCUGAGAUGCCGAGUUCCUUACACAGACCCAGCCGGACCUGUGUGCCUGCCAACUAGCCUGGCCCCCGUGUUCGUGUUCUGGACCAUCAGGGCGAAAGGUGAAUCUCAUACGGAGGUCUGGCUGGUUCAGAAUUGCCAAGCAGUGUUCCUCGUGAAAUCCCUUAUCCGUUUUCGUUACCCACGUCGGUCCGCGCGACACGCCGUCCUGUCCUCCCCGCCCCCCCUCCACCCCAUAGGCUGUGAAUCUUCUGUCCUCUCUUCCCACCAGGACUCGGCUGCCCCAGCCUUGGUCCCUACCGGGCUAAGUGGGGGGGUGGGGGGGGGAUUCUGAGGCUACUCUGAGAAAGUCACAAAGAGGUGUUAAUGGCUGAUGAUGUCUUAAUAUGUACGGCCCCUAUACCGUUUUUAACAGGGGUCUUUAAUGCCUUAACCCAAGAAGUGACUCUGACAAGGAGAAUUUCAGACUUUGGCUGGUCCGAGUUAGUACCAUCAGGCACUGUUUCAGGCCCUGGGGAUACUGCCCCUGCUCAAAUGGGCAGUAUUUCCUGUCCAAGGCCCUAAAAUAGAAUCCUACAGACACACGUCUAUACCACCUAAGUAGAAGGCAGCUUUCAAAGAGGCUGCCUGGGAUUUGGAACUGGAUCUGCCAACACCUGGUGCAUUUUGAGUCUAAGCAAGCCAGACUUGGAAGGAUCCAGCCGCUCUCUGUGAACAUUUGGGGGUUGCCCUUUAAUCCUAACACAGGGCAGCAUCUGCUUCCUGGACUUGGGGCCUAUGUCGGCAACUAGAUGGUUCCAGAUGAGGCAUGGUGAUGCCCGUUUCCCUAGUAGCAAAGCUGGGUUGGGAGGUACCAGGCCCUCUCCAUGAAAUGCAGCGGGGUGGGUAGGGAAAUCGAUAGAAGGGCCGCCGCAGGAUGUGACCCCAGUUCUCCAGGCAUCUUCUCAGUGUGUGUAGUUCUGGUUUUGAGAUUGUGAGUAGCGAGGCUCUGUGCCAUGUGUUUUUUUUUUUUUUUUUGCAUUGCCAGCUUUUCGGUCUUUCUCUUGCUCUCUUUAAGAUAGCAUUGGGUUCCAGGUUCGCAGGGCCACCGCGGGCAACACGUGGGCCCUGGAAAGCUGUACCAAAAACCACACAUCUGUGGGUACGGACUUGGAAAGGACAGUCUAUUCGUUUUCUAGAACUGCCGUAACAAAACACCGCAGACCCGAUGGCUCAAAACACAGACCGUUAUUUUCUCACAGCCCUGGAGACCAGAGGUCAGAGAUCAAGGCAUCAGCAGAUUCGCUUUGUCUCCCUGGCUUGCAGAUGGCCAUCUUCUGGAUGUGUCCUCACAGGGUCUUUCUUCUGCUUGUGUGCCCACCCCUGGCAUCCAAAUUCCCUCGUAUAAGGAUGCCAGUCAGAUUGAAUUAGAGCCCGUCCCGAGAGAGCCCGGUUUUACCUUCAUCACCGUGUAAAGGCCCUGUCUCCAAAUACAGUCAUAUUCUGAGGUUCUGGAGGUGAGGGCCUCAACACACUACUUUGGGGGCCACACAAUUGAACAGGUACGGGCAAGUUGCUUCGUAGCUGGAUUAUAACACCUGCUUCACAGCACAGUAGAGAAGAUCAGAGAAGGCGAUUCUGGUCCCAGCUCAGCCACUCACUCAGCACGGAUCCUUGGGCAAGCCCGUCUGCUCUGAGGGGCUUGGCCGAAAUUAUUUUCAAGCCCCCCGCUUCACACACACCCGCCCCCAACUCCAUUGAUUCAGCCUCGUGUAGAAAGCUCCAGAAUGCCAUCGUACGUGACUUUUCAAUCCUUGCCUUGAAACUGAUAGCAACUAUAGACCCAACCCAACUUUCCAGUCCAUUGGCACCUUGCAAAUGACCAUCACACUCUGGUUACUGUUUACAGAAUAAAACGGAAACCACAUUCUUCUCCGCAGCAGAGGCAUCGGUCAGUGUACGCGCAGACCAGUAGGUAGCAUUUCCGAACUGGACCGCUUGUUUAGAUGUGCUCUUCUCCGGUUUUUGUCAAUGUGAUUACCCUCCUAAGAUGCACUUUCCUGUCCCUCAUUUCCCUUUCUCUGUCACUGUACUGAGCUUGUUUUUGUGCACCUGGAAAAAAUAGAAUCCACGCCUAAACACGAGCUGAUUGUUGACUGACGUCAUUAGGAUGGGCCUUUAUUGGCCUGGCUGCUGGACUUGCUAAGCCAAGAAGCUCUUACCUUGGGAACAUACAGCUUCUGCUUCUCUUACGAACAGGUUCUGGGUCAUCGUCCUCCUUCAUGCGGGAGGGGGGAAGGUUAUCGAUCAUUGUGGAACCAUUAUGGCUUCCUUUCCGUCCACACACGAAUCUCAGAACUGGGGGUCUGUUUGCAGCCUCCCCACAAUCAAAUAUUAAACUGUGUAAUCUCAACUCAGAAAUCAUAAUCCGGCUCCUUUCCCAAUGCCCUUGCUGAUCUCUUGUUUCCUCAAGAACUCAA